AAAAAAACACAAGGACGGAGCAUCGCGAAGGCGAUUUCGAUAUUUUUCUGUGUGUCACAGUCAUUUUAAUUUUUAAUUUUGUAUUUUGUGUUGCAUCUGUUGGAAUCGUGCAAUUAUUCGGUAGAUCGAUUUGGAAGCUCUGAUCUGAAAUGGCGGGGCAGAAUCCGAACAUGGAUCAAUUCGAGGCCUACUUCAAGAGGGCAGAUUUGGACGGAGAUGGUAGAAUCAGUGGUGUCGAAGCUGUUGCCUUUUUUCAAGGAUCUGGUUUGCCUAAGCAAGUUCUCGCCCAGAUAUGGUCUCUUUCUGACCGGUCACGCAGUGGUUUCCUUGGUCGGCAGGACUUUUAUAAUUCUCUGAGACUUGUAACAGUAGCGCAGAGCAAGAGAGACCUCACUCCUGAGAUUGUUAAUGCUGCACUUAAUACUCCUGCCGCAGCUAAAAUACCACCGCCUAAAAUUAAUCUUUCAGCUGUUCCUGCACCCCAACCUAGCCCUGCUGCUACCACACCCCUUCCGGUUGCCUCAACAGGUCAUCAAAAUGUGGGGUUUAGAGGACCAGCGGCUCCAAACCAAAAUUAUUAUCCACCUCAGCAAAACCAGCAAGUGAGACCAAAUCAAGGAGUAUCUGGGGUGACUUCACUUAGACCAACUGCUCGUCCAGAUUAUAGACCAAGUGCUGUACCAGGUCAAUUUCAACCAGCUCCUGUUGGUAGUGUUACUCGUCCUCCUCAGGCCGCUGCCACUAGUGCAUCUGGUCCUGUUAGUUCAGCUUUCAAUCUUAAUAGUUUGUAUGCUGGAAACACCGGCGGAUACUCGUCAGGCUUUGGAGGGGGCAGCUUAGCAGCACCUUCUCCUGGCUUACAACCAGAUUCACAAGUUGGUCCAAAAGCGCUGGUUGUAUCUGGCAAUGGAGGUGACAUGUUUUCCUCCUUCCAGCAAAAACCAGAAACCGCUCUGAGUAAUUCUUCAAUCAGUUCAGCUAUUGUUCCUGCUGGAACCCAACCUGCACCGAAGCCUAAUGCUCUUGAUUCCCUACAGAAUACUUUCUCAAUGCUGCCUGCUGGAAACCAGCCUCAGCAGCCAAGGCCAGCAGCAAGCUCACAGCCGCCUUCAGUGUCAUCACAAGGUCCAUCCUCCGGUUUGCCACAUGGAAGUGCAGUUGGAUCUGCCCAUUCAACUCCUGCUGGAAAUAAUCAGGCUCCGUGGCCAAAAAUGAAACCAUCCGAUGUCCAGAAAUACACAAAGGUAUUUAUGAGUGUUGAUACUGACAAGGAUGGGAAGAUCACUGGUGAGCAGGCAAAAAAUCUGUUCUUAAGCUGGAGGCUACCCAGGGAGGUAUUGAAGCAUGUGUGGGAAUUAUCUGAUCAGGAUAAUGAUACUAUGCUUUCUCUGAGGGAGUUCUGCAUUUCAUUGUAUUUGAUGGAGCGGUACAGAGAAGGCCGUCCUCUCCCAACAUCACUUCCUAGCAGCAUCAUGUUUGAUGAAACACUAUUAUCUAUCUCAGGUGCACCUAGCCAGGGUUAUGCGAGUGCUGGAUGGGGACCUGGUCAAGGUUUCGUGCAACAGCCAGUGAUGGGUGCGCGGCCAAUCACUCCACCGACUGGCAUGAGACCACCAGUUCCUACACCCGUUCCUCACCCUGGAAGUGGUGUAGCACCUAAUCAGCAAAGGAAUCAAGCGCCAGUUAGGGAUGAUCCUUUUGCCAGUCACCUCGGUAACGGACAUUCUGCGAGCUCAAAUCUUCAAGAAACAGCAACUGAUGGGGAAAAGGUUGAUGAAAAGAAGAAUGUAUAUAUGGACUCCAGGGAGAAACUUGAAUACUACCGAACAAAAAUGCAGGAUAUUGUCUUGUACAAAAGCAGGUGUGACAAUAGAUUAAAUGAGAUCUCUGAAAGGGCUUCCUCUGACAAGCGUGAGGCUGAAACGUUGGCGAAGAAGUACGAGGAGAAGUACAAGCAGGUGGCAGAACUAGGGUCAAAAUUAACUAUUGAAGAGGCCAGGUUCCGCGAGAUUGAGGGGCGGAAGAUGGAAUUGAGUCAAGCAAUUGUGAACAUGGAGCAAGGUGGUAGUGCUGAUGGUUUACUUCAGGUCCGGGCUGAUAGAAUACAAUCAGAUCUGGAGGAGCUGAUGAAGGCUUUAACUGAACGUUGCAAGAAACAUGGGUUGGAGGUUAAGUCCAAGGCCCUUGUAGACCUUCCAGCAGGCUGGCAACCUGGAAUUCAAGAAGGGGCAGCUCUUUGGGAUGAAGAAUGGGAUAAAUUUGAAGAUGAAGGAUUUGGCAAUGAGAUUACUUUUGACAAAUCGAAAGAGCAAAACUCGUCUGGUGAGAAGGAAAACGGUACGGUGGAAGAUGGUAGUGUACCACCACCUGAUUCGCCGACUCAUUUAGAUGAGAAUUAUGGACCAUUUUCAGAAACCUCAGACCGCCACCAUGAGAGUGAAUAUGGGACAACUCACAGUGAUGAUGAAUCAGGCAGAAGUCCUAGAGACAGUCCUGUCUCUAGGACUGCUACUGAGGUCCCGUCUCCAGAUUACGCUGGUGGAAAGAGUUCUGCAUUCUUCGACGACUCGAAUUGGGCAAGUGCGUUUGACACUAAUGAUGAUGUGGAUUCAGUCUGGGGAUUUGACGCAUCAAAAAGCCAGGAUGGAGAUUACUUUGGAUCUGGUGGUGGGGACUUUGGAGGAAACUCAGGAAGAGUAGAUUCUCCAAGUUCAAGAGGCUUCGGCGGUCAGAGAAAGAGCCCGUUUGCAUUUGAUGAUUCAGUCCCCAGCACUCCACUCUCAAGAUUCGGGAACUCUCCUCCUCGGUUCAGCGACGCAUCAACCAGAGAUAACAACUUUGACAGCUUCUCCAGAUUCGACUCCUUCAACACCACAAGUGAAGCUGGGGCAGGUUUCUCCUCCUCACAGCCCGAGAGACUGUCUCGGUUUGAUUCCAUAAACAGCUCCAAAGACUUUGGUGGAGCUGCCUUCUCCAGGUUCGAUUCCAUCAACAGUAGCAGAGACUUUGGUGGUCCCUCGCUUUCAAGAUUCGACUCGAUGAAUAGUACAAAGGAUCAUGGGUACUCGUUUGAUGAUGCAGACCCGUUUGGUUCCACAGGUCCCUUCAAAGUCUCCUCUGAUGAUCAAAGCCCCAAGAAAAGGUCCUUCUAAGCCACAGUAAUGAUUAUAAAUUCCAUUUCUUCAUUUAUCAUCGCUUGAUAAAACUUGUGGUUGAUUCAUUAAAAAUCUUAUUUUUUUUCCUCAUCAGUGUCUGGUUUUGGAUGAGACAAUAGCGUUAGACUAUUUUGUAAUUUGUAAAGUUUCUCUUUGUAUUGGUUUGCUACUGUAUCUCUCUUCUGUGCUUAUGAAUUCAUUUGCUUUAUAUCAAAAAAAAUACUUGUUCGUC